AUCCGAAUAACUUUUUGCGCCCUCGAGAAAGACGCCUUGGAGCGGUGCUUAGAAGAUGAAAGGCUUGAAGCAGCGCAGGCUUGACUUCAUUUUCUCCUCUUCAUAUCCAGAGCAGCUCACGUUCAUUCUCACUUGUACUUUAAGCGUAGCAAUGCGCUUGCUAACGCUGCAUGCUUCUGCUCUGAACGACGCCGAAUAUGAUCUCUACACGACCUCACUUCGGGAUCUUGUCGAUAGCGAGGAUGACCCGAACGACAAUGUUACUUUUGACGACGCACAUUAUGAACGAUUCAAGAUCACUGUACGAGAAGCUAGGGCCUGGCUCAGAGGUCGAUACAACGACAUGCCUGUUCAUGAAAUUGACUCUAUCUUGAAGACUAUCGCGCCUAGCCAUGAAGGUCUCACAGGCGGACAAUUCUUUGCUGUCAUGCGCCUCGUCAUGCAUGCACGCAAUGGGAAAGAAGUUGACGGAAGUUUGGUCUUUGAACAGGCUCACCCUCCAACUUCACCAACUACCAAUAAUCGCAAUUUACCACCCUCCCUUCAGCAGGACGAAACGCCACGGCGCGUAGAUGUACCUCUUUCAGGCCCCUCCCACUCUGUUCCCGCAAAGCGGGCGAGUCAACCACCUCCGACACGUCCUACCACUGGACCCAAUGCAACCAUUUCACCGCCUUCCAUCCCCCCGAAACCCACCAAUCCAUUCAUUAACCGUUCGCGCUCGCAGGAUCCCCCACCUGUACCAUUGCAAAACGCAUUGACCACCCCCCGAAUGCGCACUUCGACGACUCAACCACCUCUUCCACCGCGUAAACCUUCCAUGGGACAAGCGCCGCCGCCGCCUCCACCAAGACAUGCUGCUCUUCAUCAGUCGUCUACGAUUCCCAUAUCGAAUGUACUCAUCCAACAGUCGCUCCAAGCCACUCGUAUUGCUCAGAGUCUCAAGAAGGCCGAAGAGAAAUUGCAGAAAGAGCGUGUUUUGGAGGUCCUCAAGACAAGUUCAAACACCAAGCGCACAAGGAGCAUCAGUCCUACCAAAGACCCUGCGAAUAUCGUAGAUUCUAGCUCUUCUGCCUCUGGGUCCAGUUCACGCCACUCUGAUCGCCCUGCUCUCCCUCCCCGUCGAAAGCCUAGCCCGCCACUUUCCACCAACUCAAUGGAGCAAGUCGCUACAGCAAAGCUAUACCUGCCAAGACAUAAACCUGUUAGUCCGUUCUUCAACACGGGCAGAGGCCCAGUCUCUCAAUCACCAUUUCAUUCUCCCGCACGCUCUCCACCAAAGGUACCAGUGGAACUCGAAACAGAAUCGUCUGCGGCGGCAGGAUCUAUACCUAAUCAACCUCCUCCCAUGCACCCCGAUCGCAAGCUUGCCGUGUCAUUGGACAGUCAAGAACAGCCUUCCCUACCACCUUCACCCAGCUCCACGAAUUCUACUCGUCUUUUUCGAUCUAAAUCUAUGCAUCAACCUACACCGCCUCCUGUCCCACCUCCCAUCCGAAGCAAGAAACGACCAGAGAGUAUACAGUUCACUGGUGCUGGUGCUGGUGCAGAUGGUGCUGGUCAACCUUCAACCUCGGGAGGAUUCCCUAUUCCGCCACAAUCUCCCGCACGUCCUGCUGCUAUGACGAAUCAUAACCUCUCAAGACAUCUUUCCCUAUCAUCUCCCGCGAAAAGUCGGGAACGUCCACCACCACGCGAUCCGACAAGUAUGUCGGACUCUCCUCUGGCGUCCUUGUCCUCCAUCCAGAGAACAUUAAACCAGCUUCAGCAGAAAGCUCAGCCGAAACUCGACGCUGCUAGGUACAAGGCUGAAGCUGGCUUGAGCAAACGUGGGUUCGUGAAUCAUUCGCAGCAGAGGUGGUUGAGACGGGAUGGAGAGGAACCUUUGAUGGAUGAGCCCGAACCUGCACCUGCGAAUGGGUGGGCGGAUAGACGGGUGUUUGAUGAUGAUGGUGAUGAGGACUUUGAGGAGUUUGAGAGAGUGGAGAGGGAGGAUCGUGAUGGCCAUGGUCGUAGGGAGGAAAGUGGAACCAGUGCGGAUGAGGAGAAGGAGGGACGUUCUACGGGCAAGUCGAGACGGAAUGGAACGCAGAAGGAUCUGGGCGGGAAGCGGGUGAGAGAGGGGUCUCCGCGAGGGAGGGAAUGGUUGUAUGAGAGAGAUGAUCUGAAGUGGCCGGCUGGAGAAGGUUGGAAGCCUCUCUGACGGAGUUUCGUUUCACACCCACACCUUUUCUCUUUUUUUUUUGUUCGUUGUUUUUGCUUUGCAUCGGUUUCGUAUUCCCAGUUCGACUUCGUGCUUUGCUUGAUACACAUUACUACUUAGACUUUUUUUUUUCUUUUUUCUCCCUUUGGCGGACGAUUAGGUAGUUUCUUUCUCCCUUUCCUAUAUGUGCAUAUUACAGUCUAUAAUCCUCUCCCAUCCGAGCCUCCUCCACGUCCAUGCCAAGUAGUCACAUAAACCAAGAAACCCAAUGUAUUCUAGCAGGAACCCUCCGCUGUUCACACCGGAAUUAGACAGCUAUAAGUGCUAGCUAGGUAUAAGAGGAUUCGAAUACGAAUAUUCGAACCUGC